AUGGAAGAGGACUCAUUGAGUCCGAACUUGACGACAGAGUCAGCUCAACUUGUGAAAGCGUUGCUGGAGAGACACCCCCACACUGUCAUGGAGCAGGUGGAUGACUCUCCGGAAAGGAAGAUGACUACUAUUAACUGGGUUGCGUGCGAAGACUUUACAGUCGACGUGGGGGAAAGGCAGAUUGGGGAGUACAUUCACACCUGGGAGAUACCGCCCUGCUGGCUCUACAGUCUGACCUUCCUCUGCUCAACCGAGGAGGAGCACCACACCUUCUACCACUACAGGGCCCGCUUUAGUACGCCGACCUCCCGCAAACCCAUUCAGGGGACAGCCAGCGUCUACUUCGUCGUGGGCAUAUCUAACGUCAAACCCCGGACUCUGCCCGUGGACGUGCACUUCGUGGUGGAGUCAAACAGGCUCGUGCACGCGCCCGGCAGGACGAGGUUCAGGGAGAAGUGGCUGGCGGACGUGAUUGAGAGCAAGACGUUGCUCCGGAGACAGGUGGACCUGUGA